CAUGACUUCGCUUUCUUCGUUUUUCGUUCUUUCGCUUCAGUUCUUUUCGUGUGAUCGGCGGCAAACUGAGAAGUCAUCAUGAGCUCCAAGGUGAGCCGUGACAUGCUCUAUGACUGCGUCAACGCCCUGCUGGAGAGCUCGGCCAAGCGCCACCGCCAUUUUCUGGAGACGGUGGAACUGCAGAUUGCCCUCAAGAACUACGACCCCCAGAAGGACAAGCGUUUCUCGGGCACCGUCAAGCUGAAGCACAUUCCUCGGCCAAAGUUCCAGGUGUGUGUCUUGGGAGACCAGCAGCACUGCGACGAGGCCAAGGCCAACAACCUGCCAUGCAUGGACACUGAGGCCCUCAAGAAGCUCAACAAGAACAAGAAACUGGUAAAAAAGCUCGCCAAAAAGUAUGACGCCUUCAUGGCGUCGGAGUCGCUGAUCAAGCAGAUCCCCCGUCUGCUGGGUCCCGGCCUGAACAAGGCUGGCAAAUUCCCCACCCUUCUGACUCACAACGAGUCCAUGAUGGCCAAGCUGGAUGAAGUCAAGGCUACCAUCAAGUUCCAGAUGAAGAAGGUGCUUUGCCUGGCUGUGGCUGUGGGCAACGUGAAGAUGAGCCCAGACGAGCUGGCCCAGAACAUCAACCUGGCCAUCAACUACCUGGUGUCCCUGCUGAAAAAGAAUUGGCAGAACAUCCGCUCCCUGCACAUCAAAUCCACCAUGGGCCCACCCCAGCGCCUCUACUAGGAGCAAAGCUCAUUAAAAGUGCAUCCCUUUUUGGA